GCGCGCGGAGCGGGUGAUCAAUCCGGAGCCGGGGAUUGGAGCCGCGCGCGAGGGAGCGCCAGGCCCCGCGCCCCACUCCCGCGCGGCCGCCCGCGAGCCGCUCCUCUCUCCCGGGGUCCCCGGAGGCCGCGGCGGACCCCCACCCAGGCGCAGCGACGGAGCCCCGGCCGUGAGGUGCUGACGGGAGCUGGUGCGGCCAGACCCCCUCUGGGUCCUCCCGCGGCUGUGCCAACCAGAGCCCGCGGACGCCGGCCGUUCCCUGAGGGCCGGCCCCAGGAGCCAUGGGGGCCCCGUGGCGGGCCGGGGGGUCUGCCUGGUGUCUCGGCGCCCUCCUGCUGAGCGUCUGCACGGCCACCGAGAUCCCCCUCUCAGUUCAACAGGUUCCAACCAUCACGAAACAGCCCAAAGAGCAAGUGGCUUUCCCCUUCGAUGAAUAUUUUCAGAUUGAAUGUGAAGCUAAAGGAAACCCAGAGCCAACGUUCACGUGGACGCGGGACGGCCAGCCGUUCGACCUCUCGGACCCGCGGAUAAUUCUCUCCAACGGCUCAGGGACCUUCAGGGUCCCCAACGAGGGCCACGUGGCGCGGUUCCAGGGCAGAUACCGCUGCUUCGCCUCCAACGCGCUGGGCGUGGCCAUGUCGGAGGAGGCCGAGUUCAUCGUCCCGAAUGUUCCCAAGUUCCCCAAGGAGCAGCUGGAGCCCCUGGAGGUGGAGGAGGGAGACCCCAUCGUCCUCCGGUGCAGUCCCCCCAGUGGGCUGCCCCCGCUGCACAUCUACUGGAUGAACAUGGAGCUGGAGCACAUCCACCAGGACGAGAGGGUCUACAUGAGCCAGGAGGGGGACCUGUACUUCGCCCACGUGGAGGACCAGGACAGCCGCAGCGACUACUGCUGCUUCGCCGCCUUCCCCCGGCUCCGCACCAUUGUGCAGAAGAUGCCCAUGAAGCUCACGGUCAACAGCUUAAAGCAUGCUACUGAGUCCGGUCCGUCCUCAGAAACGGGCUCCCCGGCCAACUCCAUCAAGCAGCGGAAGCCGCAGAUGCUGCUGCCCCCGGCCGAGAGCGGCGAGUCCUCCUCGGUCACAGUGCUCAAGGGGGAGGCCCUGGUGCUGGAGUGCUUCGCCGAAGGCCUGCCGACCCCGAAGGUGGAGUGGAGUAAACUGGGCGGUGACUUGCCGGAGGGAAGAGAGAACAAAGAAAACUACGGCAAGAUGUUGAAGAUCGAGAAUGCCUCGUACCAGGACAGAGGGAAUUACCGCUGCACAGCCACCAACGCCCUGGGCUCCGCCACGCACGACUUCCACGUCACCGUGGAAGAGCCCCCCCGCUGGACCCGGAGGCCACAGAGCGGCGUGUACAGCAGCGGCAGCAGCGGCAUCCUGGUGUGCGAGGCGGAGGGCGAGCCGCAGCCCACCAUCACCUGGAGAGUGAACGGCGCCCCCCUGGACAAAAGCCCCUUUGCCAGCGACGUCGUGUCGUCGGGGGAGAUCAGCUUCACGGACCUGCAGCCCAACCACACGGCCGUGUACCAGUGCGAGGCCACCAACGCCCACGGCACGCUCCUGGCCAGCGCCAACGUGGACGUCCUGGACGUGCGCCCGCUGAUCGAGACGGAGGACGGGGAGAGCUACGCCGCGGUGCAGGGGGCCAGCGUGCUCCUGCUCUGCCAGCACUUCGCCUCACCUGCGGCCACCGUGACCUGGCAGACGGCGGAGGAGGCCGUGCCGCUGGGGGGGCCCAGGUUCCAGGUGCUGGGGAACGGCAGCCUGCUCAUCGGGAGCGUCCGAGAGGAGGACGCGGGCUCCUACUCCUGCUGGGUGGAGAACGCGCAGGGCAAGGCGGCGGUCACUGCCAGCCUGGACGUCAGGAAUGCCACGAGGCUGCAGGUGACCCCACGAGACCCGCGAGUGCCCCGGGCGCAGGUGCUGACCCUGCACUGUGCCAGCCAGUGUGAUGCCCACCUCAGGGGCUCGCUGAGGCUGUCCUGGACCCGCAACGGGGAGGCCGUCGGCGACAACAGCACUGGGGAUGGCAGGGUGCUCGUGGCCGGGGCCAACCUGACCAUCACCAACGUCACGCUGGCGGACGAGGGCACCUACUCGUGCUGGGCCCACACUGCCCUGGACAGCGCCUCUGACAGCACGCGGGUCACGGUCCUCGACGUGCCCGACCCCCCGGGGCACCUGCACCUGUCAGAGCGACAGAACAGGAGCGUCCGGCUGAGCUGGCGGGCGGGGGACGCCCACAACAGCCCCAUCUCAGAGUACAUCAUAGAGUUCGAAGGGGACCGAGAGGAGCCGGGCCGCUGGGCGGAGCUGACCCGGGUCCCAGGCGGGGACACCUCGGCGCUGCUGGCCCUGGCGCCCUACGUGAGGUACCAGUUCCGGGUGACGGCCGUGAACGCCGUGGGCAGGAGCAGGCCCAGCCGCCCCUCAGAGCAUCACCAGACGCCCCCUGCAGCUCCCGACAGGAACCCGCAGAACGUGCACGUGCAGGCGUCGCAGCCCAAGGAGCUGGUCAUCAGGUGGGAGCCCCUGAAGCCCCUGGAGCAGAACGGCCCGGGGCUGGAGUACAGGGUGGCCUGGAGGCCCCGGGGCGCACCCGUGGAGUGGGAGGAGGAGACGGUGACCAACCACUCGCUGCGCGUGAUGACCUCGGCCGUCUACGCGCCCUACGAGGUCCAGGUCCAGGCGGUCAACCAGCUGGGCGCGGGCCCGGAGCCGCAGGCCGUGACGCUGUACUCGGGGGAGGACUAUCCCGACGCGGCGCCCGUGAUCCACAGCGUGGACGUGGUCAACAGCACACUGGCCAGAGUGUCCUGGUCCCCCAUCCCCAAGGACCGCGUGCACGGACAGCUGGAAGGCUACCAGGUGAGCUGGUGGAGGACCCGGAGCCUACUGGACGGCCGCGAGGCCCCCCGGGCAGCGGGCACGCUGAGGUUCCCGGGCGCGCGGACGCACGGCAUGGUGCCCGCCCUGGAGCCCUUCAGCGAGUUCCGGCUCACCGUCCUGGCCUACAACGCCAAGGGGCCCGGCCCUGAGAGCGAGCCCUACGUGUUCCAGACCCCGGAGGGAGUGCCCGAGAAGCCGGCCUUCCUCAAGGUGCUCAAGGUGGACCAGGGCUCCGUCUCGCUCUCCUGGGGGCUCCCCAAGAAGCUGAACGGGAACCUGACGGGCUACGAGCUCCAGUACCAGAUAAUCAACGGCACCUCGGAGGUGGGGGAACUGCGGGGGCUCAACCUCACGGCCCGGCCCACGCCCCACUGGCGACUCUCCGGCCUCCAGACGGCCACCAAGUACAAGUUCUACCUGCGGGCGUGCACGGCCCGGGGCUGCGGGGCCCCUGCCACGGAGGAGAGCGCCACCCUGGCGGAGGGCGGUAAAAGUACCGGGAAGAGCUCAGAAGGAGCAAAUAUUACUCAAAAGAGUCACCCAGGAGAGGUAUUUGAGCCGGGAGCUGAGCACAUAGUCCGCCUGUUGCCUAAGACUGGUAACAAUAGCAUUUUUGAAGAUGUAAUUGAGUCCAGAGGGAGAGAGCACGCCAGCCUGUACGAGGACAUCUCCACGCAGGGCUGGUUCAUCGGGCUCAUGUGUGCCGUGGCCCUGCUCACGCUCACCCUCCUGACCGUGUGCUUUGUGAAGAGGAACCGUGGUGGGAAGUACUCGGUGAAGGAGAAAGAGGACCUGCACCCGGACCCUGAGGCCCAGUCGGCCAAGGACGAGACCUUCGGGGAGUACAGUGACAGCGACGAGAAGCCCCUGAAGGGCAGCGCGCGCUCGCUGCCCCGGGCCCUGCGCGCGGCCGAGAGCGGGGACAGCCUGGCCGAGUACGGCGAGGGCGCCCAGGGCCUGUUCCAGGAGGACGGCUCCUUCAUCGGCGCCUACGCGGGCGCCAAGGACAAGGGCUCCGUGGACAGCACGGCCAGCUCCUCGGCCACCUUCCCCCUGCGGGCCUGAGCGCCCCACCGGCCUCUGCUCCAGCGCCAGAACAUUCCGGAAGGAACGACCAAGCCGCCCGCAGAGCCGUGGGACUCAGGGCCCGGCGAGCAGACGUGGGCCGGUACCAGGGCCGGUACCAGAGCCCGGACGCACCCCUGGCCAAGUGCCCGCAGGGCCCACAGCACCGCCCCCGCUGCCCCCUGCACGGCCCUGGGCGCCUGGUGCCCGCGCGCUGGACCCCGGGAGAGGAGGCAGGGCUCGGGGUCAGCGCCGGGAGGACGCGUGUGGCUCGUCCAGCCGGGACCUUCCUGCGGACGGCGAGUUCGCGGCUGCGGGUUGGCACGGAGACGGCUCCUGACCCCGGCAGUGGCCUGAGUGUGGCUCUCGCUCGGGACGUGUGUGGACGUCGCUCCGGGAGGAGGGGGGAGGGCUGCGGUGUCUGGCCCCGCCGCGCCCAUCCCCAGUCCCGUGCCAGCCGGACGCCCCCGUGGUCGCCGCCGGGCGGGGUGGGCUGGCAUGCUGUACAGUAGGUUCGGUGGUUUCUCCGUUCCGGGCGCUUGGGCCCGGGGCCCCUCGUCUCUGUAGAAAGUGUUUGGGUCUCGUCCUUGCUUCCCGCAGCCCCGGGUCGGCCCUCGGCGGCGGGUGGGAAUGUUCUCAUCGUUUCAAAUCUGUGUGUGUCAUUGCAAUGGAAGCAGUUCGCAUAGUCGGCAUGUGGGGCCCUCGGGGGCAGAGCUGGCCCGGGGGCCGCGGCAGAGGUGGGUCAGCAGGGCUGAGCCUGCACUCGGGCCCCGCGACGGCCUCUUCCUGCACCCCCCGGGCCAAAGCAGGGGCAUAUGGACAGACGGGGGCCUGUGGAGACCCCCAGGCACCGGAGGGGAGUCGCCCCGCAGGCACCCACCACGCCGAGCACCCGAGGGAGAAGGGCCGUCCAGCCCUGUGGUCCCCGGCACUGUCCGCCCAGGCGGAGGCCCUGCCGGUGGCUGCAGGGAGCCCAGCCCUGCCUCAGCCGCCCCAGUGCAGCGGGACCAAGGGACGGGUCAGCUGGGCGGGCUCCCCCAUCCAGUGCACCACAGGCCAUGGCCAGGCCUGCCCCCGAGGGCCCCCGUCCACCACAACCUCCCCAGGCCCCUGUGGCUUCUUUCCCCGUCCUCAGCUGUGGCCUUGGGUCCAUGACAGGUCAGGACAGGUACUGACUGUCCCCGUCGCUGGCCCCGGAUAGCCCCGGAGGGCGUCCGAGCAGGGCCCCCGCGUCACCGUCACCCCAGUUCCAGAACCCCCACGCCUCGGGGCCGGGCCGAGCUCCUGCACGGCCCGCCCUUCCUCACAGGGUCUUCAUCGUCUGAAGGAAAGUCGGAAACAGUCCGAGUGAAGCUGCCUUUGACUCACCGGCAAAGCUGGAGUCAGUGAUGCAGCCCAAAGCCCCACGCGCCAGCUCGACCUUUCCCUGUGAGCACACGAGUCUAUUUUUGUAGAGAAAACAGACCUGCAGGAAGCAGGUCUGCCCUGCGGGGCAGUGGGGCUUGCACACGCCGCCGGGAAUGGUCCGAGAGAAGGAGACGAGCAGGGUCUUUGCUAUACAAAAGUGUUUUUCACAGAUUUUGCAUGUGUAUUUAUAAGAAAAUGUGGAUUCGGUGAUUUAGCCCAUUGGUACAAAGGCAUCUGGUAUUUUAGAUGUGCCCGUGUUUAUAAAAAUGUAAAGCACAAUGAAAUUAUGCUGGAAGUCUCAAAUGAUAUUUUUUCCCCUAUUUUAUAUUCGUGGAUGAGAGGAGCUAAAGAGAAUAAUGAGAAACAUUGGUGCGUGUUUUUCUAAGCACUUAAAGCAUAAUUGCCAAUUGAAGCCCUAGAGAUGUUUACAUGCACUGAGAUAUGAUUCUUGUAGCAAUUUUAAGCCGAUGACGGGGUGGGGUUUGUACUUGUGGUUGUGGGUCUCCCGUGUUCUUGUGGUGGAUUGAUAGGUUGAACCAAAGCUUCCUUUGUGUUGUCUUAAAUUGUUUGAUUACAUCAUCAAAAGAGAUAAGUGGUGUGGAGAAAAGCUUUGUUUACUUGAUUCCUUAUUUGUUUUUUGCUUAGAUUAAUCUUCCUAGUAGGAAUCUAUUAAAAUGUAUUUGUCUCGUAGGUGGUGUUUGUAUAUGCUUAUGAAUAUGUAUGGUUUAAGAUAUUUUCACUACACAUGAAAUUCAACUUUCCAAAUAAAGUUUGACUUCAUGUGCCCCGAA